GGUGGCUGUCGCGGCGAGGUUGGGCUUCCCCUCGCCGCCGCUUUCGGCGACAGCGGAGGGGCAGCGUGGGGAGGAACGCGUGGCUGCGGCCUGCGCCUUUCACUCUUCUUCGGGACAGUCUUGCGGCGGGGGCCAGCGCUCCGCUGUCCUCCCUGCUCAUUCCGCCGGAGGCUCGGCCCCGUUCCCCUUCUCCCCUAGCCCCGCAAAGCCCCUGACUUGCUCCGAGUCCGGGCCAGAGGAAAAAUGAUACUCACCCAGCAUUCCUGAGUAACGAGAAUGGGUCCAGAUGUACCUCUGCUGAAUGAUUACAAACAGGAGUUCUUCUUGAAGCGCUUUCCACAGACUGUGCUGGGAGGUCCCCGGUUUAAAUUAGGCUAUUGUGCCCCUCCUUACAUAUAUGUGAAUCAGAUCAUUCUUUUCUUGACACCAUGGGUCUUGGGAGGAGUAGGAACACUGUUGUACCAAUUAGACGUUAUGAAAGACUACUAUACAGCAGCACUUUCAGGAGGACUGAUGUUUGUUACUGCGCUCAUUCUUCAGAUGACAAAUCUGUAUGCAAAGCAGAAAACAGUGACAGUAGAAAGAAUGCAAAUUCAGAGUACCCUCACAGAUGAAGAUGAGUUUGAAUUUUCCAGCUGUUUAGGUUCAGAGACAGUAAAAUUUAUUAUUCCUGGCAAGAAGUAUAUAAUCAACACUGUAUUUCAUUCCCUUCUGGCAGGGGUAUUGUGUGGGUUGGGAACUUGGUAUUUGCUGCCAAACAGAAUAACCUUGCUGUAUAGCAACAUUGGAGGAACUGUUGCCAUCUUUGUAUUUGGAUGGGUGACUGUAUGUAUAGGAGAGUAUUCGUUAAUCAUAAAUACAGCUACCGAAACAGCCACUUUCCAAGCACUGGAUACUUACGAAAUCACUGCUCUGAUGAGACCUUUCUAUAUUUUUGUCUUUAUUGCAGUGGAUCUUGCACAUAGGUUUGCUGUCAACACACCCAUUCUAGAACAGACAAACCAGAUUUUGCACGUGAUAUUUCUUUUUCUGCCAUUCUUGUGGGCAAUGGGAAUUCUGCCCCCGCUUGACGCACUUUUUCUAUGGGGAAUGGAACAACUGUUGGAGUUUGGACUGGGAGGUUCACCUAUGUCAAGUAACACAAAGUUGUUAGUAAUGUUUCUCAUUUCUGCUGGAACAGCAAUAGCAUCGUAUUUCAUUCCCAGCACUCUCGGUGUGAUCCUCUUCAUGACUGGAUUUGGGUUCAUACUGAGUCUUAACCUAAGCGAGAUUGGUUUUGCCUUCAAACACACCAUGAUCAGCCAUUUGGCCUCCAGCAAAUCUAAAAAUAUGCACAGAGGUCUUAGGAAGCAAUUUGGGUGGAGGGAAUUUCUUUUUUACCUGACUGUGUUAACCUUGGCUCUCAUAGAAGCUAGCGUGCUGCAUCGAUUCGCAGGCUUCUCACCAUUUUCCAAAGCCAGUCCCCAGGCUGUAGCAAGUUACCUUCUGAUCAUAUUGCUUAUAAUUAUGUGGAUUCUUAGAGAGAUUCAGAGAGUGUACUUGUUUGGAAUCUUCCGAAACCCAUUUUAUCCAAAGGAUGUCAGGACUGUGACUGUGUUCAUGGAGAAGCAAAGAAGGCUAAUGAAAGUUGGUGUUGUCAGGAGGAUUUUACUAACACUAGUGUCUCCGUUUGCUAUGAUAGCAUUCCUGUCCCUAGACCGUUCACUACAAAACCUUCAUUCUGUGUCUGUUUGCAUUGGAUUCACAAGAAUAUUUAGGAUGGUCUGGCAGAAUACAGAAAACGCCCUCCUGGACAUAGUGGUUGUGUCAAUAGCACAGAUGUUGGUGUUUAAUCCAGAUCUCUGGUGGAACAGGAGCUUGGAUACGGGAAUCAGACUCUUGCUGGUUGGUAUCGUUCGGGAUCGACUGCUUCAAUUUGUCUCCAAGCUGCAGUUUGCCAUAGCUAUUCUUUUGACAUCGUGGACAGAGAAGAAACAGCGGCGUAAAUCUACUGCCACCUUAAUCACACUCAACAUCAUUUUCUUCCCCAUCGUGCUGGCCUUUGUUGCCAUCUCAGCUCUCCUUUCUUCUCCCUUGCUGCCACUCUUCACCCUCCCCAUCUUUCUGAUUGGGUUUCCAAGGCCUGUGCGAAGCUGGCCGGGGCCUGUGGGCACCACAGCGUGUGUGUGCGCUGACACCGUGUACUACAGGCAGAUGGUUCCCAGCCUGGCUGUGGCUCUGCAGUCUGCCCUGGCAGCUGGUAGCUUAGGUCUCUCUCUUCCUGGAUCCCAUUACUUGUGCCGUUUUCAGGAUAGACUGAUGUGGAUAUUGGUGCUAGAAAAAGGCUUCACUUACUGUGGGGUUAACAUUAAGGGGCUGGAAUUGCAGGAAACAUCCUGUCACGCUGCUGAAGCUCAUAGAGUUGAUGAAAUAUUUGAAAUGGCCUUUGAACAUCAGGAGCACACAAAGAUUCUCUCUCCUAAUCACCAUUUUGGACACAUUUUGACUCCUUGUACUGUUCUACCUGUGCGGCUCUAUUCCGAUGCCAGAAAUGUGUUAUCUGGAAUAAUUGACUGUCAUGAGAAUUUAAAGCACCUGAAAGAUGAUUUCAUUAAAGUGCUUGUAUGGAUGCUUGUCCAGUAUUGUUACAAAAAAUCAAAGAUGUGGGAAAGCCCAGGCAAUGGCAAUGAGAACAAAACAAGGUCGUUUCCAGAAAAUCAUCACAGAGGUGCAGUGGAAAGGUCCAGGCCUCUGAGGGAAGAAGAUAGCUUUAGUGUGGAUACAAUUGAGGACUGGACUGAUGAUAGUGACAUUUUUGAUCUUGAACUCGGUGGCAGAAUGAAAGGCAGAAAAGAACCUGAGCAGUUGGGAACCACACCAAAAGUACAUCUGUCUAUUCCAGGGUCUGUGGAAAUACAGAGCCAAGACCUCCCACAAGAAAUGUCACCAGAAGAUAAAUUAUACAGGGCUGUGGUGCUUGGGCUUCCUGCUGUAGACAAAGGGAAGCAGCAAGAAAUUUUACCUCAGGUUGAAUUUAGUUGCUCUUACUCAGAACUAUUGAGCCUUCCUGAAGAGUGGAGAACAGCCCCGGUGCCUUCUGCCAAAGUGAAUGAAAUGAGACAGAGGUUUCCAGAGGAAUGGUACCACUUCAUCUUGAGUCAGCUGGACUUCUUUCAUCUGAAGGAAAAGCCUUCCAAUUUACUUGAAGACCUUAUGAAAGAUAAAGCUUUGAAAGACUUGUACAUCCACGGGGUAUUGUCGUGUUGUUUCGGCCUGUUUGGGCUGGAUAACGCCGUGCCUGCCCCGAGCCAUGUGUUCAGGGCAUACACCGGGGGUAUUCCCUGGUCAGUUGGUUUGGACUGGCUGACUGGCAAACCUGAGCUCUUCCAGCUUGCACUGAAAGCAUUCAGAUACACUUUUAAGCUUAUGGUUGACAAAGCAAGUCUGGGGCCAGUUGAGAACUUCAAAGAACUGGUUAACUGCCUGGAAGAAUAUGAGAAUGAUUGGUACAUCGGGCUGGUGUCAGACUUGGAGUGGCAGCAAGCAGUUCUGCAGGAAAAGCCAUACCUUUUCUCACUGGGCCAUGACCCAAACAUGGGAAUUUACACAGGGCGAGUCCUCACUCUCCAGGAACUCUUAGUGCAAGUGGGAAAACUCAAUGACGAAGCUGUCCGAGGUCAGUGGGCAAAUCUGUCGUGGGAGCUGCUGUAUGCCACCAAUGACGACGAGGAGCGCUACAGCAUCCAGGCACACCCGGCGCUCCUGCGGAACCUCACCGUGCAGGUGGCGGAUCCGCCGCUCGGCUACCCCAUCUAUUCCUCUGAACUUCUCCAUCUGCCUUUGUUCUAGAACAUCAGCAGCACUUUUCUUUGGUUCUUAACUUUGCUUUUUUGUUUUCCAUCUUCAUGUUGGGAGUCAAAUGUUCCUGCAACGUUGAUAGGUUAUGAAUUAGAUUUUCCUCUCCGAACGACGUUGGAGCUGGUGGAUGUGAUUGGCACAGAAAUGGUGCUGGCCAGGCCCUUCAGCAGGCAGAAAGCGUGGAACUGUUUUCUCACUGCUGGAAUAUGUGAGACACCAUUGUCUGUGUGACUGCCAAGCCCAGAGAUGCUGAAAUUGUCUUCUGUUUAGAGAAGAGCAGCAUCAUUCUGAUCAUUAACUGUUUCUGGUUCAUUCUGAUUUACUGUUUGUUUUUUUCUCUCAGACAGGUGACUUGCACUUCCAGGCAGGUUACAGCUCACUGUAAGACCAUCAGCAUGGAAUUGGUAACCAAAGUGUACAUGUGACUAUUUUUUUUUAGUUUCUUUUCUUCUUUUUUUAUUCUGUUUUUGUAUUUUGUGUUGGGCUGAGUUCAGGUUUAGCAAUUCUGAUAACGCAGGACUUUUGGCCAAUAUUCCUUCGUUGUAGUACGUUAUCACCUCUGCUUUACAAGGGACAAUUUUUACCCAAGUACUUAGUUUGGGGGCAAAAAGAAUUUAUCUAAACCAAUGCACAGCCUGACAUAUUCGUGCCCUGUGUGACCUGCUGGUGAAAGGAGUAGACAUGUAACGAGGGGAGAGAAGAAAUUUAAGUCCAAAUGUGUUGAUUUUUCUCUCCUUCUUCCAAUAUCUAUAAAUUUUAUAGUUGUAUAUCUACAUUGCUGUCUGUAGCCUAUGUCCACAUCACCAACCGGUCCUCCACAAAUAGAGGUGGGGCAGAAAUGGAGCUGUCUGUGCCGGAGGGAAUUGUUUGGUUUUUAACCUGACCAGAGGUUAGAAGAGAAUUUGGCAAUCGAUUUGUAGUAUGAAAGGUCCCCUUGAAAACAGAUCUGAUGAGUCCUUUCUCUGAUGGCUUCUUUAUCCUGUUCAUAAGCAUAUAAAUGUGAGGUUUUUUCUUUACUUUUAAUAUAGUUCCUGCUGGCCUGUGCAGAGCAGGAUGUGGGUAACAAUCAGUUCAAACUGCCUCUGUUCCCUCCUGGGGUCAGUGCUGUUUUGGAGCAUGCAAUACUGUCUCAUUUGGGGCAUGUUUAUUACUUUUAAUCCUUACCUUUAAGAUCUUUUUGCCAUGGGACUGUGUACUUGGCCAUCAACCUUUUCUGUUGAUCAGUCACCAAAAAUAAGUUUUUAAAAACUAUGCAAAGGGUGUAGAGAGUUCAGAAGUGGUAAAGAAACUCCUGUCAGACUCCAUGCUCAGGCUGGGCUUUCAGAGAGCACCUGUUACAGCUCCCACUCAAAAGGGACUGCUCCUGGCAAAUAUUUAGUCUGAUUUAAAGCUUUCUAUACCAGAAGCAUCGUGAACCCAUCAAGUAGCUCACUCCAGUUUUUUUACUCUUCUUGCAGCAGUUGAAAAACAGGAGGGUUCUUGCUAAAUCAUAUCUUCCUUCUCCAUUGUAAGCCUGUUACUGUUUGCCCUCUCUAUGGUCACAGAAAAUUUAAUUACCUUUCUUUUUCCAGCAGCAGUCUUUUGUUUGGAGGUGACUGUAAUUUCUGCUCUCAUUCUUUGUCUUCUGUAAACUGAAUAAACUGAGUUGAAAACUAAA